GGCUUUGUUGGGUGAGGUUGUUGCGGUGUUCCUGUGGCUGGACGUGAUUGGUGAUUCCCAGCAUCCUUGUAUCCGCUAACAGGUCAAAAUGCAGAUCUUCGUGAAAACUCUUACCGGCAAGGUCACCACCCUUGAAGUGGAGCCCAGUGACACCAUCGAAAAUGUGAAGGCCAAAAUCCAGGAUAAAGAAAGCAUUCCCCGCGACCAGCAGAGGCUCAUCUUUGCAGGUAAGCAGCUGGAAGGUGGCCGCACUCUUUCUGACUACAACAGCCGGGAGUCGACCCUGCACCUGGUCCUGCGCCGGAGGGGUGGCUGUUAAUUCUUCAGUCUUGCAUUAGCAGUGCCCAUUGAUGGCAUUACUCUGCACUAUAACCAUUUGCCCCAACUUAAGUUUAGAAAUUACAAGUUUCAGUAAUAGCUGAACCUGUUCAAAAUGUUAAUAAAGGUUUCGUUGAAUGGUAAAAAUAAAUAAAUAAAUAAAUAAAUAUAAAAUAAAAUG